GUGAUACUAGCAAUAACAGAAUUGUAAGAGGGGGACAGUUGAACACGUAGGCUAACAGAACACUAGAUUUGUACACUUUGAUCUCCUGAAGGACACUGUUCUGAUAUCUUAUAGUUCAUUGACUGUGUCUGUCCACUAUACACCAACAGGUUUCCCUCAUCCUUUUCAGAAACGCGUAUAUCAGCAGCUUAGAACAUUAAACUGUACAAGAAGUACAAACAGUGGGAGAGCGAAACCUAUGUGAACAAAUCGAGGUUUGUGCAUGAGGACAGUGUAUUCUCCUUUUUCUUAUCUCAUUCACAAACACUGUUUGCAAAGCAGCUUGGCGCCUUCUCUGUGAUAUGCUAAAUAAACAGAUAAGGGGGAAAACAGGCAGACAUACUUUGCAAGGUACAGUAGCGAUGCGGGGAUUAAGGACAUUUAUGUACACACAUAUUCAAGAGUGAGCCAUUGAUUCAGAGUGGACAGCAUUUAUGCUUACAUUUGUUAUUAGGCACACACACAGAGAAAAGCAGGCUCACACCUUAGUGUAUUUUGCAGAAUUAAGAUUAGUGUUAAAUCUGAACCGUGUAAUAUGCAGCUUGGGCUACUUUCUUUCUUAAGAAGAAACGGGAGAGAAGUGAAGAUGGAAAAAGGGGUGUGGAAGAAAAAAAAGAAAUGGACUUCAUGAAGGACUGAGAAAAGUUUAGUUUUACUCUGAGAAGUAAAAAGGGACAGGAAACGCCUUACAUUGUUGUCCAUUCAUCAGUGCCUUGUCCUUCUACUACCAUUUCUCUUUUGGCCAUAUGCCAUGUUGACAAAACUAAAUUAACAGCUUUUAUUGGGCCCAGAUUUAUGCUUAGCUCACUAAUAUGUCAAGAUUUCACUAAUAUUUCAUCAAGCCAGGGGCCCCAGAGACCACCAGAGUCUCACAAGUAGUUACAAGCACAUAUGUAUGCAAUGAAUGUGUACUGUAAGGUCUCUGUGUUACAAAAACUCGAUGAAAGUUUAAAUUUGGGCUCAUUAGAACUGAAAAGUGGGCUAUUGAAUGGGGAUGUUAAUUGCCUUGCUACUGUUUGGCUUGCUUAGCUCCAUCUUCUGUGGUUAAUGCAGUCGAAGCCCUUUUUGAACAGGCUCAUUGAAAAUAAUAUAAAGACGUCUUCAUACACUCUUUAAAUUAUGCAUAUUUUAGUGAUUAGGGGUAAGAUGUUUUCCAAAAGUUUGUCACUCCACUGUUUGUACUGGCUUUUCCACUUGGUCGUUGUGGUUAAGUCCCUAGUGGUUAAAACCUGUUCACCCCAUUGGCUGUAGCCCGAAAAAGCAGCGUGGUCUAUAUGAUGCUUCCAUUUUAGGAACUUUCCACAGAACCUAAAAAAUAUUGUAUUUAUUUGUUUUGGCUUCUUAUAUUUAUAAGAAGGUCUACCUGGUUGUAAAAUUUCAAAAUGAGUAGCAACGUUUUUCUAUGCAACACUACUUUUCUCCUCAAGCACCAGUUUUUGUGUUAAGAGUUAGAUUAUUUUUGCAUUGGUCUCUAACUUGGUCAACAAGUUCAAUCUCUGGUUUUUUUUUUUUUUUUUUGGAUCACUCUCAAAUGGAGUUAGUAAUGAAAUGUUUGACAUUUAUUCCUUUAAUCACUGUCUAAAGACUGAUGAAAUGUGGCUGCAGCUCAGUGCAUUUUGUAUUUCUGGGCUGGUGUUUUGUAAUUUUUCAUUCUACAGACAUUCUAAGACGAGUUUAAAUGGAAAUCAGUCAAACGCAUCGCGUAUAACCAUGUUAGGCUUGUAAUUAUUAAGACACCCUUUAAAUUAUGCUGCUACAGUUCUAAGGUGCUUGUGUAGAAGGGUAGUCCCUCUUUUUGCUGUCUAAACUCUGCAUGUUUUAUACAAUUACUGGAGUAACUAACUCUGUGAUUUUCUUUCUGAUAGCAGGUUUUGCCGGCGUACUGUAUUUUGCACAUGUUUGUGUCUCUGUUCCUACCCUCUGAACUCCCAACCGGUCCAAGCAGAUGGCUGCCUUCCCUGAGUCUGGUUCUGCUGGAAGUGUCUUCCUGUUAAAAGGGACUUUUUCCUCCUCGUUUCUGCAUGUCGCCACGUGCACACUCACGUGCACACUCAGGAUGGUGGAUUGAAUUGAACAUUCAUUACAAUCCGUUGGGUUUUCUUAGCUAGGCAUCUCAAUACAAAUUGGCAUUAAAUAAAUGCAGAUAUAGAAAUGUAUUGAAUUAAAUGAUAUUUAACUAAACCAGAUUGAUACAAAAUAAUUGGAUUUAUUGGAAAAAUCUGAGCAUAAAUUGAACACAAGUUCCUGUGUUGUGAAUUUUUCAAUUUUGAAUAGAAAUUCAUUACAAAUGUUAGUCUUGUAGAGCUUCAUUACGCUCCUAAAUGAGUUCUGGGUAAACUCUUAAUGUAAAACAGAUAUUUUCUCAAUCACUGUAUCUUUCCUUUGAUGUAAAUGAAAACAUACAUUUUGUAAUAUGGAAGGUAAACACUGAAUGGUUCAAUAUUGGUACUUCGUUUUUGUUAGAAGUACAAAAUAUGCUUCAAGUGUCUGCAAGAAAAAAAUCAGUUCCUUCCAAAUCUUGCUGCACCGUACAACUUGUACAAUUUUUAACAACAGUAAAGCAGGAACCAGGGAGAGUCCGAGGCCGAAAGCAGGGACUAACAGCAGGGAUGCACCCGCCCCGCCACUGCCACCUCCUCCGCCACCUCCACCGCCUCUGCUGAGGGAGCGCAGUGAAAGGGCGGAGGCACGGGAGCUCGCCAGGGAGCAGCAGGCCAUGGCCAGCAGUCGAGGCUCAGCCUAUGGGAUGACAUCAAGGAGAGCGGCUGAGGAGCUACGGAAACAGGUUUCGAAAGUAAAUGGGCUGACGCGGGCUGGCUCGGCUCAAGCUGUCGUCGGUGCCAAAAAGUGCCACGACUUGCGACUGCUGUCCAAAACUGUGAAGAAGUACACAGCCACCGUGUCCAAGGGCCACGUCACCUACACCAAAGCCAAACAGAAAGAACUGGGCAGGAAAACCAAACUCAGCAGCAGCAACAAACACAACAGCGCCGCCUCGGCAUCAUCGUCAGCGAACAAUCACAAUCAGCACAGCCAGCCAGCAGCCAGCACUAGGUUGGCCAACUCAGGAAAAGCAGCGGCAUCAGCCCACAACAGCAAUGCAAAAACUCGCAAACAGGUGCUACUAUCAAACGGGCUGCACAACGUGGCCGCCAGUGCCCGACCCAACGGCAGGCUUAAUGGGCAGUGGCACAAUGCCUUGGCCAAGGAGGACGGUCCGAAACAGUGCCAGCAAGUCCACGUGGAGUGCCCAGGCCGAGAGGGACUGCGAAAUUCCAAACGGCGUCUGGAGGUGGUGCUUAACUCAGUGAGCGCAGCCGUCGUUGAGCAGAAAGCCAAAACGAGCGGCGCUGAGGCCAAGAAGGCCAAAAUUCAAUCCUCACCUUUGGAGACGCGCAGCAGCAGCAAGAAGAUGGCCAUUGAAGAGAAAGCUAACAAACAAAACCCCACCCCCACCACGCCGGUUUCUAAUGGACAUGCAUCAGGAACACCCACCUCUCCUAAACAAACUCCGCCUGUUACUUCUUCUACGCCCCCUCCUCAACAAACCACACCUCCUUCUACACCAGCAGCCAAUGUGGAGCCAGUGAACCAGCGACCUAAGCGUGCAUCAGCUGGUAAACUGAUGUUGAUACGACAAGCACAGCAGCAGCAGAACAGGUCACAUGGUCGGGGCUCCUCCUCUUCCUCACCUUUGAUAGGCCACAACAGUUCACCAAACCCCAGUCGUGCCAGCACUACCUCAGACCCCCAACAAACCUCGGCGUCCUCCUCUUCCUCCUUCUGCUCCUCCUCCUCUAUUCUUACUUCCACUAGCAGACCUGGACAGGUCAAACCAGCAGCGCAGCGGCUCGCCGACCGCGACAAGGAGUGGGAGCGUGAGAAAGAGUUGACGCGCCAGAAGGAACGCGAGCAGGAGAAGGAGUGGGAGCGCCAGCGGAGUAAGCCGGAGGGCUGGACGGCACUGGGCGAAGCUCCUUUCUUUCGGCCACUUCCUAGGGAGUUCCAGGACCCUCUGGUGUACUUGGAUGCAGUGAGGGAACAGGCCGAGGUGGCCGGCAUGUGUCGCAUGGUGCCACCGCAGGACUGGCGGCCGGAGUGCAAACUGAACGAGGAGAUGCGUUUUGUUACGCAGGUGCAGAGGGUCCACAUGCUGGGCCGACGCUGGGGCCCCAAUGUGCAGCGGCUGGCUUGCAUCCGCAAUCACCUCAAAUCUCAGGGCAUUACCAUGGAUGAGCCACCUGUCAUUGGUGGCUGUGAAGUGGACCUGUCACGUUUUUUCCAGCUCAUCAAUGACAUGGGUGGCAUGCAGCAGGUGAUGGACCUGAAGAAGUGGACCAAGCUCGCUGACCUUCUGCGCAUCCCCAAGUCUGCGCAGGACCGGCUGGCCAAGCUGCAGGAGGCUUACCUCCAGUACAUCCUCUCGUACGACUCACUCAGUGCUGAGGAGCGCCUUCGACUGCUGAGCGACGUGUUGCUGGAGAAAAAGAACCUGGAGUCACGCCAGGGCCCCCUGGAAGGUCUCUCUGAUUCUUCAGCUCCGAGCGGGCUCUCGCUGCCACGCUACGAGCCCAAGAACGGCCUAGUAGGCGGGAUAGUGGGAGGCACGACGGGGAACCACCGCACCAACGGAGUCUAUCACCGUCUGAAGGAGCUGGAGGCUCAGGUGAAAGCGGGCCGGCGCCGGCUCUUCGCUCAGGAAAAACAAGGCAAGGACGACAAGCAGCACGGAGAGGAGGAGGCGAAGGAGGACAGAGGCGUUCUCAGUGACCAGUACAAAUGCAUUUACAAGGGGAAAUCGGUGUCCUUGACCAACUUCUUCAGGAUAGCCCGCAACACCAUGACCAUGUGCUUUAACAAAGAACCAGGAGCUGCCGAGGUCGAGCAAGAGUACUGGAGGACUGUGGAGCAGAGAGACUCGCACGUGGCCGUUCAUUGUGGAAAAGUGGACACCAGCACACACGGCAGUGGCUUCCCCACCGGAAAAUCAGAGCCAUUUUCAAAACAUGGAUGGAAUCUCACUGUCCUCCCCAACAAUGCUGGAUCCAUACUGAGACAUCUGGGUGCUGUGCCUGGGGUGACCAUUCCCUGGCUAAAUAUUGGCAUGGUCUUUUCUACCUCAUGCUGGUCUCGAGACCAAAAUCGCCUUCCAUAUAUUGAUUACUUACACACUGGUGCUGAUUGCAUUUGGUAUUCUGUCCCUGCUGAGGAGAAGGCUAAGCUUGACAAGGUGGUCCAUACACUGCUUCAAGCCAAUGGCACCCCAGGAUUAGAAAUGCUGGAGAAGAACAUAAUGCUCUCUCCAGAGGUGCUUUGCCGUGAAGGCAUCAAGGUUUACCGUACGGUGCAGCGGAGUGGCCAGUUUGUGGUCUGCUUCCCCGGUGCCUUUGUCUCUAAAGUGUGUUGUGGCUACAGCGUGUCGGAGACGGUGCACUUUGCCACGCCACACUGGAUGAACCUGGGUUAUGAGGCAGCGAAGGAUCUAAAAUGUCGAUGUAUAGCCAAACCCUUCUCCAUGGAGAAGCUACUGUAUCAGAUCGCCUCAGCUGAGUCCAAGAGGGACAACGGCCUCCUCCUCACCACCAUCUCCACCCUACUCAAAGACCUCAGGAACAUAGAGUUGCACCAACGUCAAGAACUUUAUAAGGCAGGUUUGCUCUCCUCCGCCCGUUAUGGCACGCACGAUGGCACCCUCGGGCCCAGUGAGGGGCGCAAGAAACCCCGCGGGAAAUGGCUAGCGCUGGAGUCCUUGGAGAGACGCUGUCAAAUCUGUCAACACCUCUGCUACCUGUCCAUGGUGGUUCAAGAGACUGAUAAUGUGGUUUUCUGUCUGGAGUGUGCCCUGCGUUAUGUGGAGAAGCACAAGUCCUGCAGGGGCCUAAAGAUGAUGUAUCGAUACGAUGAGGAGCAAAUCAACAGUUUGGUGAACCAGGUGUGUGGGCGGGCCAUGCUGAAGAAUGGAGGAGGCGUUAUUAGUGCAGGAGGAGGAGGUGGGGACUCCUGCCACAGCUUAAGCCCUGCCAAAACCUCACCAGCCAAGCGGGGGCCACGAAAGCGCGCCACUGGCCCAAUCUGUGUGCUGUGUCCUCCUCCAUCCCCCAUGACCAUAUUAAAUUCUAUAUUAAACAGGAAUCACUAUCAUUGCCUCCAAAACCACCACUUAUAAUUGCAGUUCACCCCCCACCUGAGUUCACUCGCCAUUUCCAGAUACACUCACUUCUCCUUUAGCGACAGCUUGUUUUUAAUUUAAAAAAAAAAAAGGAACAUUAAAAAAGAAAAGCAAGAUGUCUUUUUUGCACUAGUGUGAAAGAAGAAUUUGUUUUUUUUUAAAUCAUGAGUGAUUUUUAGCCUCCUUGAAUCAGCAUUGCGAGCAUCAAUUGUAAUGUUCACAUGAAGACUUGACGAGUCCCUGUUUUUACCCCCCCCCCCCCAUCCAGAAUUGAAUGGGUUACAUUUUUUACUUUUUUCUUGCAUCAUUCUAACCUGCCUCUGAGACUGAACCCCUUCUGUGAACCAGUUUGACUAAAUGAGAAAGACAUCCAGUAGUUACCCAAAGUUUCUCUCUGUUCCUUGUUUAAGGAAGAUGAGAUCUUUUUUUUCUUGUUUUAAAGGGGGGGUUGAUGCAAGGUAAAAACUUGAAAGACGAUGUUGGUUGGCUACAUUUUUUUUAAACUACUAUUUUGGAUUUUAGCUUUGUUUUUUGCUAGUUAUUUUGAAAAAUGUUUUUGUUUUCUUGUGUAUUUUAUUUUUGAUCCUCGUGGAUGUUUUCUACGUGUUGGCGGACGUGAGAGGAGCAGAGCUGCAGCUGCUUUGACCCGUGGACGGUCAUCUCGCUUCCUUGCGGUGCAGGGGGGAUCUCUUCGCUCGCGAGUGGGAAAAAAACGGUGCCUGAUACUCAGCAAGGAGGUCCUUUUUAUUGGUGCUGUUGGUUAUUACUGUAGAACACCACAAAAGUUAAAACUCUGGGGGUUUAGCGCCUCACACCCCCCCACCCAACAGGACAGAGAAGCUCUCAGGCUUUUUCUGGUUCUAGAUGUGCAAUCGUGUUAACAUUCCAUUCUUCCAGUCCUCUUGUUUCAUCUGUACAAGUAAACAUUAUUUUGUGUUAAUUUGAUUUGUUGUUGAUCUGAUGUGUUAUCUCAAGUAGAGCCACUAGUUUAGAGUGUAAAAUGUGAAAUAUCAAAUCUUUUUUUUUUUUUUUUCUUUUUCUUUUGCGUUUUUCUCCCCUUCUCCAGAUAUAUUGAGUCAAGAGAUGGAAAUAGCCCAACACAAACUUGUUGUACAUAAAUCCUGUACAUUUCUUUAAAUACUUGAGCCUUUUUUUUUUUCUGGGUUUAAGGAAGAGUUCCAGAGACGAGUGCUCGAUGAAGAAACAGCCUUACAUUUCCCUUUCUUCAUCAGUCGGAGUGAGUUAGACGCUGACAGGGUUGCUCUGGUAAAUGUGUAUAAAAUUUUUAAGUGCUGCUUAUAUCACUAAGAAAGAAGAUAUGGAGUAGCCAACGAUUGCCCC